AUGUAUUUAGCAGAAAAAUUAAUUUUUUUUUUUUUUUUUUUUUUUUUCGCGUUUGGCGUUUUGCGCUUUUUUUUUUUUUUUUUUUUUUUUAAAGAUUACUGGGGUGCUUUGAUGCAUGAUUACAAUGGGGUGGUGAAGAGGAACCCGAAGCAACUGACGACGAUGAUUCAACAGGGUGUCCCAUCGGCCUUGAGAGGUUUGAUCUGGCAACUGCUCGCGAAAUCUAAGGAUCCACAGCUGGAGACGACUUUUGCAGAGCUCCUAAAGUCGACAAGUGUACAUGAGAAACAAAUUACCCGAGACUUGAAUAGGACUUUCCCGAACCAUGAGUACUUCCAGGUCAAUGGUGUUGGUCAGGAGGCACUAUUCAAUGUGGUCAAGGCGUACAGUCUUUAUGAUACCGAGGUUGGAUAUUGUCAAGGCCUCAGUUUUAUUGUUGGACCAUUGUUGUUGAAUAUGCCAGAAGAAGAGGCGUUCUGCAUGUUAGUCAAGAUGAUGACCUGUUACGAAAUGCGUGGCCACUACACACCCGACAUGAGCGUACUCACGUUGAGAUUAUUCCAAUUUGAGCAAUUGAUGGAAGAGACGGUGCCCAUGGUGUUCAAACAUCUCCGGAACCAAGGGAUUCGCUCGACCAUGUAUGCAUCCCAAUGGUUCAUGACCUUGUUUGCCUACAAGUUCCCCUUGGAGCUCGUGUUCCGAGUGUACGACAUUAUCUUUGUGGAGGGUAUCGAGUCCAUCUUGCGAUUCGCGGUCGCACUCCUCAAAGCCAAUCAUGAUAAGAUUCUGAGCCUUGACUUUGAAGUCUUGGUCGAAUUUUUGAAAAAUGGGCUCUUUGAGUACUACAUGAACGAUUCCAGUCUGCUUAUUCAAGAUGCCUACAAUGUGAAGGUGACACCUAGGAAGCUGGCACAAUAUGCUCAAAAGCAUCAAGCGAUGAUUCAGAAACAACAACAGGAGCUUGCAGCGGAAGAAUCGCUCAAAGAAGCUAACCGACAGUUAUCAGCUCAAGUUCGACAACUGGAAGCAUCGAUGCAUCAGUUGAAUAAGGAGCAUGUGGAUCUGGCCAAGGAAUUGAUUACACGAAAGAUGGAGAUGGCUCAACUUCAGGACCGGAACGAUGUGUUGACUCAGAAAGUGAGCGAUCUGACAAAGAUUGUGGAUUCUCAAGCGAGAGAGAAGGAGGAGCAAUACAAGGGGGAGAUUCAAGAUGUACUGCGCAAGAACAUGGAAUAUUUGAAGAGGAAUGAGGAAUUAGAAGACCAAUUGAGUUAUAUGGAGGGUCUACUUGUGGAGACCAAGAUGCAGUAUGCAGAGAGUGAGGUCGAGCGGGAUAACUUGGGUCGAAAGUUGAAUGAGAUGAAGAAAGCAUUGGGUGUGGCGUAA